CAUCCUUCCUGCCGCGAGCCACAGGCUGCUCUGUACCCAGCCCAAGAUGAUCGGCCUCGAGGAGAAGCCGCUGGCACAGCGGUACAUCGAUGUCCGCCGCAGCCGCAGCAGCGCAAGCAUGGCGCGCCUGCUCGCGUGCCUGCUGCUCCUUGCCGGCGCCGGCGUGUACUGGCAGCUGCUGCCCGUGUGGCCCUCGCCGCGCCCCGAGCCGCCGGCGCCGCAUCCGCCAGCGCCGCCGGCGCACGACGUCGCUGCUCGCUGUGCGGCGCUGCACAUGCCUUCUGGGCCGCCGCAGCACUUCGCACAGCGCCGCCGCUCCGACCGUGCCAAGCCGGCCGACGAGGCGCCGCGGCUCGUCGUGCGCAACGCGACCGUCUUCACGGGCCACAACGAGGAGGUGCGGCACGGCGCCGACGUCUGGCUCGAGCACGGCCUCAUCGCCGACGUGACGGAGAGCAGCGCACGCCGCAGCAGCGACGGCUGGGACGUCAUCGAGGCGCACGGCCGCUGGCUCACGCCUGGCAUCGUCGACAUCCACGUGCAUGCCGGCGUGUACUCGCUGCCCAGCCUCGCGGCGACGAUGGACCACAACAGCGCCGCGUCGACGCUGACGCCGUCGCUGCGCUCGCUUGACGGCCUCAACCCGCAUGACGUCUCCUUCGAGCGCAUCGCCAGCGGCGGCACCACGACGGGCCUUGUGCUGCCCGGCUCGGCGAACAACGUCGGCGGCCAGGCGUUCCCAAUCAAGCUUGGCAAGCAGACACGCAGCGACGCACGCCUUGGCGGCUGGAAACGCGUCAUUGACCCGCCGGCGUCGCUGGCGCUGCCGCAUGAGGAGCAGCGCAAGGGCAACGACGACGGUAUGCAGCGGGCCGCCGGCCAGAGCGCCUUCCGCUACAUGAAGAUGGCGUGCGGCGAGAAUGCUCGGCGUCGCUACGACAUGACUCGCAUGGACGAGGCUCGUGCCUUCCGCGGCCUCUUCGAGCGGGCACGCACUCUCAAGAACCAGCAGGACGCCUUCUGUGCUCGCGUGAAGAGCAAGGGUUCGCCAAGUGAUGAGGUCUUCCCGGACGACAUUGAGCUCGAAGCCGUCGUCGACGUGCUGCGCGGCAAGGUCAAGGUGAACACGCACUGCUACACGACCAUCGACCUCGAGGCGUACGUGCGCCACACCAACGAGUUCAAGUUCCCGCUCGCAGCCUUCCACCACGCCCACGAGGCGUACCUGGUGCCCGACCUGCUCAAGCGCACGUACGGCGGCACGCCGGCUGUGGCGCUCUUCAGCCUCAACGGCAACUACAAGGUCGAGGCGAUCGCUGGCUCGCCGUUUGCACCUGCAAUCCUUGCGUCGCACAACAUCACCGUGCAUCUCAAGAGCGACCACCCCGUCACGGACAGCCGGCGCGUGCUGAACCAGGCAGCGCAGGCUGCUCACUACGGCUUCCCCAAUGCACUCACAUCGAUGACCAGCGGCGCGGCGCGCACGCUCGGCCUGGACCACCGCCUUGGCUACGUGCUGCCUAAGUACGACGCAGACGUCGUGCUCUGGGACCGCGCACCGCUCUCGCUCGGCGCCACGCCCGUGCAAGUUGUGAUCGACGGUGUGCCCCAGCUCGACCGGUCUCUUGCCGAGGCCGCCGUCGCGCACCAGGUUAGCCACAUGCCUGGCCCGCCCGCAGCUGACCUCGCAGCUGAGCUUGAGCGCGUCAACGAAAGCGGACCGGACAUCAUCGCGCUGCAGGCCAGCGCGACACCUCUUCCGAUCGACCGAGCCAGCGACGUGACGUUCACGAACGUGAGCGUCGUGUUUGCGCGGACAUCCGGAGGCAAGAUCGAGCGCACCGCCCUGCGCGGCGGCGAGGUGCAGGUGGUGGACGGCAAGAUCGCCUGCGCCGGCAAGGCCUGCGCCAGCAGCCUGUCCAAGUCGCGCAAGAUCGACCUGCGCGGCGGCACCAUCAUUCCGGGCCUGACCACCGUCAGCGGCGACCUCGGCCUCGCAGACAUCACGUCUGAGCCGGACACUAGCGACGGCUUCGCUUCCGCGCGCUCAUCGUUCGCGGCGCUCGUCGGCGACGACGCCAGGCCGCUAGCCCGCGCAGCCGACGUCAUCCAGUGGGGCGGCAACGAUGCACUGCGCACGCACGCCGCCGGCUUCACGAGUGUCGUCUCGGCGCCGCGCUCGCAGGGCUUCGUCUCGGGCUUAUCGACGCGCUGGGCGCCCGGAGCGCUCGAUGCGUGGGAGCACUCGGCGAUCAACGCCUCGGUCGUGGCUCUGCACGCCGAGAUCUCGCAUCUGCAGACGUCACAGGCGAGAUCCGCCCUCUCCGAGGCCGAGCAGAUCGGCCUGCUGCGCGCGCUGCUUCGCUCCGGCAGCGACCGCAUCCAUGCGCACGCUAGCGGCAGCGAUAACGCGGAUGUGUGGCAGCGCGUCGUGCGCGGCGACCUGCCGCUCGUCGUGGCCGCCAGCCGCGCGGAACGGCUCAGUGCGCUAGUGAAGCUGGCACACGAGCAUCCGCACAUGCGUCUGGUGCUCGCCGGUGCCCACGAGGCCGCACACGGAGGCCUGCCGGAGGCCCUGGCGCGCGCCAACGUCGGCGUGCUGCUGCGCCCGCAGACGUGGAACGUCGAGUAUGACGCGCGCCGCGACCUGCCGGGCCCGCCGCUGAGCCGGGACACGACGCUGUCGGUGCUGCGCAAGGCCGGCGUCAAGGUCGGCUUCCAGCUCGAGGAGGCCUGGCAGGCGACCAGCCUGCUCUGGGAUGCUGCCUGGGCUGCUGAGCAGGCUGGCCUCAAGCAGGCGGAGGCCAUCGAGCUAGUCUCGACCAAGUGAGUGCACCUCGCGCGGAAUGACGUCUACCUGGCGCUGACACUCUUCCUCAGCGUCGAGAGCAUGCUCGGCCUGGAGCCGUCGGAGGACUUCGUCGCCUUUGACGGCUCGCCGUUCGAGUACGGCGCCAAGGUCGUCGCCAUCGGCUCGCAGCAGCGCGUGGACCUGAUGCUGUAGGCACGCGCACUAUGGAAAAGCAGGAAUGAUGUACAUUUGGUGACACGGG